UUACUUUUACGGUAAUUGAUUUCCUUUAAAAAGGUUACAUACAACAAAAGAAAUUUAGAAAAUCGUUUGAGAGGUUUCUCAUUGCUUUCUUAUUUUCAGCCAAAGUCAUGUCGAGUCAUAAAUUUCAGAAUAACCUUUCUUUUGAUGGUUUAUCGGGGACGGAUACUCCAGAUUAUCCUCCAUUUUAUCCUGAUAUGCCGGGAGCACCUACUGGUAAAGGGGUUGCCAGCGGCAUUUUCACAAUCGUCUACGCGUGUCUCAUCAUCGCAUCCAAUAUCGUCAUGAUCGUCGCAUACUUCGUCGAGAAACGACUGCAGACGUACAACAACUCCUUCAUCAUCAAUCUCAUUAUCAGCGAUUUAUUGGUCGGAUUCUCUCUCGUCGUCUUUUUCGUCACGAAUUGUACCCCAAGUGGAUCCCCACUCUGCAAGAUCUUCAUCGGCGUCAAUGAGGGAUUGCUGAGUGUUUCGGUGAUCACCAUCGUCGUCAUAUGCGCUGACCGACACCGCGCGACGUAUGACCCUAUCAAACACUUCACGAGCAAAAGCAACAGGAAGGCGUGCCUCCUCAACUCCAUCCCUUGGGUUGUGGCUUUUGUCUUUUGGAUCCUGUUUGCGUUGUUUGGAUUUGAGGCCACAUCCCCGAUUAAUGGUCGCAGUCCUGUUCGGAUGGUCGGGUUGUCCCUACCGAUCCUGAUGACCCUCGUACCCUUGGUAAUCAUCACCGUUCUCUACGCCAGAAUCCUCUACAAGAUCAGGACCUCCCUCGGAGCUCAACGCCUGAAAGACAGGUUUGAUGUGAAGUCCGAUGAUGCAGGCACCAAAGGAGACACGGACUCGAGCUGCACAGCUAGCACUGAUAUUCAGCAAACAGGACACAAAGAAAAGUCUGAAAGAAAGCCCGGGAAACGAGAAUCUGAAGCUUCCGCCCGUAAAGCCACUCGCAGUCUCUCUUUUAUCAUCAUCUCCUUUCUGGUUUCUUGGAUGCCCUACGUCAUCUUCGUGAUCGGUAACAUCAUCGACGAGUCCCUCCUCCUCGACGGGAAUAAGCUCUCGAGUAUCGUUCUCGCCUUCAUCCUGACGGUUCGCUUCACAAAUAGUUUCCUGAAUCCGCUAAGCUACGCCGCUGCACAACCCCUCUUUCGGCACACUGUAGCGGGAGUGUUUUGUAAUCCAAAGCAGCUCUGUUAAUAUAAAACUGAAGUUUACAGUCACUAUAACAAAACAUAAUGUCCUUCUUCAACGAUAAAUGCAAUUUAAACAUUCCCCUUUUUUCUAGAAAACUUAUUCGUUCUGCAUGAACAUUGUCGCUAAGGAAUUGUAAUUUCCGGGGCCGCGGAACCAAG